UCUAAUAAACUGUCAUGGCAGCCCCCUUGCAGAACACAUUUGUUCGUGAAAUAGAGACGAAUACAGAUGAAGUCCUUUGUAUACACCAACUGGAAGUUGGUGAUGUUGGUUGUGUUGUAUGGGAUGCGGCACUGGUUUUGUCAAAAUACAUCGAAACUCCCGAUUUCAAAAACGGCGAACUGUUAAAAGGCAAGAAAAUCCUAGAACUUGGAGCAGGAACGGGGUGUGUUGGAAUCAUUGCUGCUUAUUUAGGAGCUGAGGUCACAAUCACAGACUUACCAGACUUUGUGCCUUUGAUUGAAAUGAACAUUGAUAAAAACAAAUCUGCAAUAAAAGGUUCAGCCAGAGCACAACCUUUGACCUGGGGUCAGGACACCAUUGCAGACUAUUACCAUUAUAUUUUGCUAGCAGACUGCAUUUAUUAUGAAGAGUCCAUUGAACCCCUUGUGAAGGCCAUCAUAGACCACUGUAGAGAAGAUACGGAGGUUUUCUGUUGUUAUGAAGAAAGAACAACAGGAAACAAACCACAGCUGCAGAGGAAAUUUUUUCAACUCAUUUGUGAAAAUUUUGACACGGAAGAAAUUCCUUUGGAACGCCAUGACAGUCUUUUUAGAAGUGAAGACAUCCACAUUUAUAAGUUUGUGAGAAAAAAAAGUUAGCACCUGUGUAAUAUCUGUAAAUAUAUAUAUUUUCCUCUGAAUAUUUUUGUUUAUGUGACAUAGUGAUGUAACAAUUAUUGUUGUAUUUAUGGAAUA